GGCUCCGAGGCGUCGCCCGUGCCCGGGUACUACACCCUCUCGCACCGCCGUCCCGCACCUGCUCCGCGCUCCGGGUCUGCGGGAGGCGCCGCUGCCCACGCACAUGCGCAGUGGCGCCGCCGGGAGCCCUGCCUCCUCCUCCUCCUCCGCCGCCUCCCGGUUCCGCAGUCACUUCCUGCAGCUGUUUCCCGGUGGCUCCACUCCGAACGACUUUUGACAGUCAACCUCCAGCCCUGGAGCGGCCUGGCGGCGGCGAGUAGCACAGAAAGUGGUCGUGGAGCGGGCGGCGGCGCGCGGGGUGGCGGGGCGGCUGCGGCCUGCCGGUUCCGGUUUGAAGACUCCGUCCCCCACCACCCACCGGAUUAUGCUCGAGGCUUUCCUGCCUGAUGAUUCUUCCUCCACCUAAGCGGCCCUCAACCUCUCCUCCUAUGUCAGUUGCUGCCAGGUCCACUAGGACCUUGCAGCUUCCGCCACAGAAGCCUUUUGGGCUGGAAGCAUCCGGGUCUCUGGCAGGGGAAGAGGAGUUAGCUAAGGGAGGGGAGCUGGACUCUGCCCUGGAGGAGCUGUGUAAGCCCCUCUUCUGCAAACUCUGCAAUGUCACCUUGAACUCUGCUCAGCAAGCCCACGCACAUUAUCAGGGUAAAAACCACGGCAAAAAACUCCGAAAUUAUUAUGCAGCUAACAGCUGCCCUCCUCCAGCCAGGAUGAGCAGCGUGGCAGAGCCUGUGGCUGCACCCCUCAUUCCUGUCCCUCCGCAGGUGGGCUCCUGCAAGCCAGGGGGCAGAGUGAUCCUGGCCACAGAGAAUGACUACUGCAAGCUGUGUGACGCCUCCUUUAGCUCCCCUGCAGUGGCACAGGCCCACUACCAGGGGAAGAACCAUGCCAAGAGACUUCGUCUGGCUGAAGCCCAGAGUAACUCGUUCUUGGACUCUGCAGAGGCAGGGCAGCGGCGGACCCGGAAAGAAGGGAGUGAAUUUAAGAUGGUGACCACCAGGAGGAAUACGUAUACAGUCCAGAGCAAUUCAGCAGGUCCUUACUUCAAUGCCCGCUCCCGGCAGAGGAUCCCGCGAGACCUUGCCAUGUGCGUUACUCCCAGUGGCCAGUUUUACUGCUCAAUGUGUAACGUCGGAGCCGGUGAAGAGGUGGAGUUCCGGCAGCACCUGGAGAGCAAGCAGCACAAGAGCAAGGUGUCUGAGCAGCGGUACCGGAGCGAGAUGGAGAACCUGGGCUACGUACAGUGACGGCCGUGCUCGCGGAAAAGCUGGUCCUGCCUGUUGUUUGCCUUCUGUCAGCCUGCCUUGCUUUGUGGUCCCCUCAAUGAGUACAUUCCUCAUUCCUCUGCUUAACUCGAGUAACCUGCAGUGGUGCCAUGAGUCAUCAAGUCGGGGUGGGGAGGGAGACAUGUUUCUUGGGUCAUGAUGCUCUUUUGGGCAAGCUGCGUCAAACUGCUACAAUGUGUGAGCCGCCUGCCCCUUUAUCUUUUCUCGGCCACGUUCUGGUUAAGCAGUAGUAGCCUGACCAUUUAGAGCUAUGAUUAUUUAAAAAUGGCACCAACUUUUGCAGUUUUCGUUUUAUGCACAUAAGAUGGGUGGAUUUGAAUUCUUCAGAUUAUACUGAAAACAGGUAAACAGAGAUUCCUAUUUCCUGACAUUCCUGGGGAACCAUCCGCACAGUUCGGUGUCAGAAAGAUGUUCUGUUAUGGUGUGUGCUUGAGUCUCUCAGCAGCAGUUGGUUCCCUGUGGCCGUCCUUCUGUAACCGACACACAGGUUUUUCUUGAAUUCAGAUGCUUCCAGAAUACUCUCUUCUUCUGCACCUGUAACUUCAUCUCCCAGUUGUGAACUGCACACAUUUAAUUCCCGCCUCCCCUGCUACUUGGAUCAGCUUGUCUGCUAAGCUCUUCCUCAUACCCUAGCUGUGCUCUCGCCUUCUGAGACCCUGAUUUGACUGUCUUCAACCCUGAGUUGGAGGUGAAUAUUCUUUUAAAAAAUAUAUUUUCAGAUGACUCAAGGAAAUGCAAGAAUGUGUUUGAGAUUUCAAUUUGGAGUUACGUUUUCACUGCUAAUUAUGUGAACUCAGGAGAUGGUCAUUAUGUUGUGGCUUUUUGAUGAUCGUAUCCUGACGCUGCCCUGACAGGUAAUGGGCACUCCUGGAAAAUAACCGCUCUGGGCUACUUCUGAGGUGGAACAAUUUUCCUUUUCUUUUUUAAAGCUGAUCAGGUUGCAGUGUCAUUUCCAGUAGAAAAGCACGCACACAUUGCAUUUUCUUUUUUGCCUCCUUGAAGAGACUGAAAACAGAGACAUCUGACUUCGGUGUCUAAUGAUUAUAAUGGGAUGAUUAUUUUAAAAUAAAAAGCCAUAGCGUAUGUCUAGGUGGACUACUGGAAUAUUUUGUGAACUUGUGUUCACUGUGGAUAAGACCAGCAUGUCCAUGCUUCCUAGGGAACCAUACUUCUGCAGAAGGUUAGAGCAAGCAGUGUUUUGCACUAUAAUAAAUGCGCAUUUUAUCACUCACAUCACCAGUGAAAAGCCCCAUGUAACCUUGAGAAUUCUCCAGGCAGAUAGAUAGAGAGGAAGGGAGCACUCACCACGCCUCCCUUCCAUCCUUGCUUCAGAACAGCCGAGACCCAUAAUUAAAGGCUAAUUUUGUGAUUAGCUUCUAGAACAGCACAUGGUUCCUUCCUCCCACCGAAAUGCUGGUUUCUUGAAAAGUAGAACUAUUUGGUUAAGUAUUGUCCCCUUAGAAACAGAACGAAGAACAGUGUUCUCUCGAGAUUUGAUCUCUGUUUGCAACUCCUCAUACCAAGAACCCUCCUGCGGCCAUCUGCAGAGUUGGUCCGUUUAGAGCAAUUUAGGGUGUGUCUUGUUGGAUGCUCAUUUGCUGCUAAAUAUAAUUCUUCGGUAGACUUACAUACAGUGCUGGCCACUUGGUUCUGUGGUUCUUUCAUAGUCUCAUUUGCUCCCUCUGCAGGGGUGUGUCUGUGUGUCUCUGUGUUUGUGUCUGAAGAUACAUGUGUCACCUCCCCCAAGUUUAUGUGCUACCCCAGAGAGAAUUUCACCUCAUCUUUAUCUCAGAUAACAUUGAAAGAUUCUGCGUAUGGAUUUACAUUUCACCAAUGUGACAUUCAUCUGCUGUGAGGUUCUCCCCUGGGAAUCAAAUCAAAGGAUAUGCCCCACCCCAACUACUCUCCUCCUGUAUGUACAAAAACAGCGGACUUAAGGGCUUGAUGUGUUUUCAAGCCUCGUGAAUUCAGGUUUCUAGGCCCCCAGUGCCCUUAAUGGAUGUUAGGGAUGCGUAAGUGCGGUUUCCUUUAGAGAGAAAUGUUAGAUUUAUAGUGUUAUUUCUAUAUUCCUUUGCACUAAAAAGAGUGAUGCAUUUGUUUGAUGACACUCCAGUGCCGGGUUGCCUACAAUAACUCAGUUUGUUUCCAAAGGCUGGAAGUUGACAAGUGACUGCCAGGGGCCAUUGUUAGAGGUUCUGUGGAUGUUUGACCCCACUUGGGAGACCCAUGGCUGAGGUCAUGGUGUACCCACUGUAUUCAGUGGGUGGGGCAGAGGGUGGCAAAGGCUAUUGGAGCUACAUGGUACAGUGUCUCACCACGUGAACUCUGUAUGGACAGUGUCUCUUCCUUGUCUUAUCAGGCGAGGGUGGCAUUUGAGUCAGUUAAGUGGGCUCUGUGAUGGUUUCAUUUUCGCUGUAGGAUUGGCCUCCUGUUCUCCAGGUAUUGUGUAUGUUAUGAUAUGUCACAGACACGGAUGGGUGGAAGUCUAAACAAAGGGAGACCUUAGUCCAAAAUUUGGUAGAUUUUAUCAAUUAUCUGUAGCAUUGGUGUCUGUUCUCGUGGCCCUCUUUCUCAUUAUGAGGCCAGGAAGAACACCCAGGUCCAAGGCUUCAGGAAGAGUCCAGUUCCAAAUGGUCUGGAUGGCAUAUACUUUCAGAGGGUAUUGUCUUUGGAAAUCUAGCUGUAGCCCUGUGCCCUUUGCCCUUUUAGAUUUCACCUUGAACAGAAGACUUCGCUAAUCUGGGUUGGUCCUUGUCCUACAGCUUGUAAAUAUGUGCCUGCUUUAUGCUUGUCUGCUUGCCUCUUACAAACUGAAUUCUGUAUCUUUUCACAAUUUUUUUUUCACACCAUUUAUCUUGAUAAACCUCUCCUCCUCAGCUCUUUCCCUUUAAGUUCAGCAGGAGCUUAGAAAACCAGUCAGGAGUUUUGAAGCCCUGGCAAUGAAUGAGGCACUGUGGCAGAGAGCUAGUGCUCUCCUGAGGCAUCUUCCACGUGGCCCCACAGGGCUGCCCUGCAGAGCUUUGUGUGGCUUAGUUUACAGUCGUAUGAGGAGAGAAAUUAUACAUAUAUGUAUACCUGAUUAAGUAUUCCUGUGUAGAUAGGAUCUAAAACUUGACAGUGGAACUUGGGACUAAUCCAAUCUGUGCUGCCUGGGCAUAUGAGGAAUGUCAGUCUGAGGAAGUGACUGUCCUUAGAUGGUCAAAUGAGUCCAGACCGAGGGGUAACUUCCACACAGUGCUUUCUCCGAGGAGAGGUUCAAGAAGAGCGGGUUUGGAAGGUCCUGUAAAUGUCAGAACUUAGGUUGUACUGGAUUUACUGGAGAAAUUGGUGAGCUGUGUACCCAAGCAGCGGAGUGUCUUUAGAAAUGGGUAAAUAUUCUGUUCGUGUGUGCAGAAGUUUAACGUAGGUAUUUGAACAGGUGUUUAAGAAUAUUCUACCUUGCCCCCACUCUGAGUCUCUGUUAGGAGUUUUAUGUGUGAUUUUUAAAAUUGCUUCCUUGCUUUCGUGUCCUGUUUGGGUGAGUUCCCUGUGAGCCCCCAUGUCAACAUGGCUGAGUGGAGACUAGCUGUGUAAAUAGCUUCUUAUGAGACAUUUAUAUGGAUAGCUAUGUGGCAUUUCCUUCCCAUUAUCAGUAGGGACCCUUUGUGAAUGCCUUUUUUCUGUAGCUACCAAAAAAAAAAAAAAAAAAAAAAGUCCUGGCUUAUGGUCCCAGGUGACCUUGUGUCCGUUAAGCCCAGAAUAUGAGUGCCUUUAGCAAGAGUGUAGAGAUGACAGGAUUUACUGCCAUUAACCACAGUUCAUAAAAUAGCUUGAAGUAGCAGAGGUCCUUGUGAAAUCUGUCCUGUGUCCGUCCCCUCCUUUCUUAGUGCAGUCUCGACUUGCUACUGGAUAAACUGUGCACUCUCAGGUUGCCGAGGCUGGCACUCGUCACCUUGGUGGCCAUGUUUGAUACGGAGGAGUCAGAGCUUGAGAUGUCGGAGAAAGCUUCCUACACUGACCGUGCUCCAGCUUGGUUCUUCUGUAGAGAGGAGAAAAUUAUGUAUCUGCAAACGAAGUGCAUGGAGAGACUGGCCAGGACAGUAGCUGUGGGUCUUCCUGUGCUCCAUCUCUGCACAGAUGGAGGGGACUUCCCAAGCAAGCUUGAGGCCUUUGAAAAAGAACAUUUUCCUUACUUCGAUUAACUGAAAACUUUGAAUUUCCUGAGUCUUUACAACUUUCGUACAUUUGAUUAAACUAACCUUCAUGUAGAAAUAGUAACAUUUGCCUCAGCAUUUUAUGAUGAAGAAUUUCGGACAUUUGUCAGAGUGGAAACAUUUUGGAGCAUACCUAAUUUUCCCUUCUGCUGUUGACAUUUCCCACCUUGUAUUUCCCCAUGAGCCUGUCGCUGUAUUCAUGUGUCUGUCCAUCAGGACAGCUAUCUUGGCAUACAUUUCAGACAGAGCCCAUACCAUUGGGUGCCAUGCAUUAGGAUUUAUCACUUAAAUGUUAACGUCUUAGGAAAGCCACACAUGUGGGUCAUAACCCAAGCCAGUAAACAGGCUCAGUUCUCUCCUGUGGAUAUCAGUCUUCCUUGUGUCUGCUUAGACUCUCCAACAAGUCUGUACUGGGUUACCUGGCCCACAAAGGUCACAUUCCCAUCAGGACUUGCUGUGAACUCCCGGGCGCUGUAACCAUUCACCUCCUAUACCCGCAGAAUCCGACACUGAGACAGCAGUACGGCCCACUAGGGGUGGGCAAGCCUUAGAGCAGUCUGCAGCUCUCCCCCCACCCCAGAGGAGAUCUGCCCUCUGCCUCCAUCCUGUGCUCCCCUUCUGCCGACAGCUCCGAGGAGCUGAAGGGGUUUGCUCAGGUGGGAGACUGGACGAGUAGAGCCAUGCCAGAGCCCAGACGUGAGUGCUUCUGGAUUUCAGUCGUGGGCAUCCAGUGUAACUGAACACUUCCUCUGGGCCCUUGCAAGGACUGUAUGUAGUUUUGCAAAGUAGAAUUUUAUUCUUAGACAUUUCACAGUUCUUUUAACAUAAAGAUAUUCCUAUGGUCGUUUGUUGUUUCGUGAAGUUCCCUUGUAGCCCAGGCAAGUCUUAAUUCUACUGUGUAGCCGAGGAUGACCUUGAACUCCUGAUCCUCCUGCCUCCACCUGGUGCUGGGAUUACAGGCAUGUACCACAUGCCAGGCUAUAAAUUGUAGUUUUUAAUUAAGUCCAAAGCAAUUUGCUAAAAUCUCAAUGCACUGUUGAACACCAACUAAUGCAGGGUUUGCCCUUCGUUUUGUCUUUAAAUGGCUUUUUAUGAUCGCUCGCUCUGUAAGGGUGGGUGCUCAAAUGACCCCCUCACUAGUGAAAAUGGUGUUUUCUAUUACUGACCACUCAUUCACUCUCUACCUGAUGCUUUUUUUUUUUUUAAGAAAUGACUCCACAUGUCAGGAUGAGUGAUACCGUCUUAGGGUAAGAGCCCUAUUGGGAACAGACCUCUUGGAAGGGGCUGGUUGUUGUUUUGCUCCCCUCUGGUACCCGAACGCCUGCCAAAGUUUCCAUAAGCCAGUGUGUCAUUUUGUGGGUCUCACGUUGACUCUGCGCACCUGUGGUUCCCCCGCCCCCCUCCCCCAGCCGACUACCGGGACCUGACGCGGGUUUAGUGUGCCGUCUUUGAAAUGCCUUCCUGGGCAUGCCAGGCUCCAUCGUCAAGCCGCCUAGGUGUCUGCCGAGACAGGGUGUCCUCUCCGGGGUGUGUGCUCUUAGCGUUGCUUCCAGUGCGAAGGGUGCGUUUUAAGCAGGUGCCGUCUUACGUCAGAGAUGGAAGUAGAAAGCGAGGGUGCGGAGCCCGCCCUGUGGUCCCUGUGGCGAACUUGUAAGUGUGCUUUUGCGGUUUCUCUAGAAAGAAUGCAACCAAGAAGUGCCAGUCCAAGCCACAAAGUGGGGCUGUGCCAUAUCACGCUCUCUGCUUGUCACUCCGGGUUGAGAAUCCGAACAGGACACUGGGCAGUGUUGUGGGGAUCUCCUGUUCUAGGGCUGUGGAGCUGACUGACACGUCACGGGAUUCAAACCAAUCAACUGUGAAUUGCGAAACUGAAAUUGCUCUUUUGGUUUUUAUCUUCUUCGGCCUAUUAAAUAUAGAAGUCUGAAUGUUAUUUAAGCUUACACCACUCAUGUGGAUGGCUCAUCUUGGCUGUGUAUUCUCAUGUAUGUACUGAUUUCUGAUAAAGGCUUGAUGAUAUUGUAACAGGCUUUUUUUGUGUGUGUUCAGUUUAAUAAAACAGUUUCUGAGUCUUGUCUCAAAA